ACAAGUUUCACAAUAUCCUAUCCGCAGCGCUGCCUCUCUCGCUUCUUCCCUGAAGGCUUGGUUUGCGGGGAUCGCUUUCCAUUUCUCUCGUUGUAGCUCGAAUUGCAGCUGGACUCGAUUCAGAUUCGCCUCUGAAUUUCUGCUACGCAGCUGCGUCUCGUCGAUAGCUCUCCAAUGGCGGCAGCGGCGUCGAUUUCCGCUGUGAGUGCGAGCUUCACUGCCCUGUCAUUGCAGAAGACCCCAACAACCUCAUUCAAUGCGUCGUCUCCGAAGGUGGCCUCCUCCGUCGCGUUGCCUGCUUUCCAUGGAUUGAAGGCGAGCAAUCUGUACAGCGCCGCCCCCUCGGACCUUCACUCCCGGGUCGUGUCCCAGUGCGCCGUGGCCGCGACGUCUUCCUCCCGAGGUGUUGUAUCCAUGAGCAGUGUGGAAGCCGGCGUGGGCUUGAUGGGUACCAAGAUGGGGAUGAUGACCUACUUCACCGAAGACGGUAUUGCUGUGCCGUGCACCGUUGUGGGUUUUCAUGAAGGGAACAUUGUCACCCAGGUGAAGACGGAUGCCACUGAUGGGUACACGGCUGUGCAAGUAGGGUACCGGAGGGUGAGGGACCGGAAGUUGACGAAGCCCCAGCUCGGGCAUCUUAACAAGGUGGGCGCCAUUCCCAUGCGCCACUUGCAGGAGUUUAGGGUGGUGUCCGCUGAGGGGUUCGAGCCCAACCAACGGCUGCAACUGGAGGAAAUGUUCAAGGCAGGUGACUUGAUUGACGUUGUGGGCGACAGCAUUGGAAAGGGUUUCCAAGGUGGUAUUAAGAGGUAUAACUUCGCCAGAGGUCAGAUGACUCACGGUUCCAAGUCAAAGAGGCAGCUCGGUUCCAUUGGAGCUGGAACUACGCCCGGACGUGUUUAUCCAGGAAAGAAGAUGCCUGGACAAAUGGGAAGCGGAAGGACAAAGGUCCGGAAGCUGGAAAUCGUCAAGGUUGAUCCUGAGCUUCGUGCUGUGCUCAUCAAGGGUUCCGUUCCUGGGAAACCUGGAAACCUUCUCAGGAUUACACCAGCAAAGAUAAUUGGUAAGAACAUUCCUAAGAAUUAGGUCUCGUCGCAAGGUACACUCACACUGUAGGUUAUUUGUUGGUUUUUAUUUUUUUGUGCUCAGCCUGUUGGAUGAUAGCCUUAGGAUUUUCCAGCAUCUCACAGUUAGUUAAAAUCCGUCUGAGUCAACAUCCCUCUCGAAACCGUGAAUGCACGGAGAAGAUUGGAGGGUAAUACCAUCGUUUUUGGCAACGGCCUGCUGUAAUUCUCCUGCAGGGUUUACUUUUGAAGGAAAUUUUCAUGAGAAUGUCUUGUGCUUUCACGCCCACA